CGUUGCAACCAUGAACGGUCCACCACCUAUGAGCAGCGGUCAUACAAACGGACAAAGCGACCACCAAUCUUUUCUAGGACAGCUAGAGAGUCAACUCGAGGGCUUUCGCAGAUCUGAUGCUCAACGCGAUGCCUUAGUACAGGAGGUUAUUCACAAAUAUGCCGAGCUGCAGCAGCAAUUUCAUAAUAAGUCUGAAGAUUACGAGAAUGAACUUGCUUCUCGGCGCAUGUGGCAAGCCCAGGCUCGUAACUUUGAACGCUCGCUGCAAACAACAACUAUGGGUCUUGAAGCGAAUGGAUUUGUCUUAGCCCUGAUCGACGGAGAUGGUGCCAUUGCCGGUAGCGAUGGCGGUGCCGAUGCUGCCCAAGAAUUGUACAACAAGAUUAGAGGCCAUGUCGCAGAGUGCUAUCCCGAUCGUAACACAUCUGGCUACGACAUCAUGGUUCAGAUAUUCUAUAACAUGGAAGGACUCAGUCAUAAGCUGAAGAGCCUGGGUAUCUUCAAGAACCCCAACGAGAUGGCUCCAUUUGCAAGAGCCUUUUCCUUGAACAAAUCUCUGUUCACCUUCAUCGACGUCGGCAGCGGUAAAGAAAGAGCCGACCACAAAGUUAGAGGUAGACCGAUCUAUCUGUCUGGCUAUGAGCUGUUCUUGCCCAACAUGCAGUGCAAGCAUGUGAUAUUUGGCGGAUGCCACGACAACGGAUAUCUACCUACGCUCGACCCAUACAAGCGCGAUCAGAACACAGCCCAUCGUAUCAGUCUGCUAGAAACACUACCUAUUCAAUACGGCUUCACACAGCUCGGCUUUAAGGUUGUACAGUUCCCUACAGUCUUUAGAUCGGACCCGCUGCCAGAUAGGCCAACUGUCCCCGUUUUCGUGCCUUCUGCGGUCCAAAACACAGCUGGCGCCCAGCCCAACUCUGCUCUCUCAAGUCGAAGCAAUUCCUUCGCAACUAGUGGCGUGUCAAUCAACCCAGCACCUACACCAGCACAAGCAGCUGCAUCUAAUUUGCCCAAGACUACUACACCCAAUCCUAGCGAUGGCUCCUCAUGGGCAAUUGUAGGUAAAGGCGCNCCCAAAACCAUCAACAUUGCAGCCAAAAAGGCACCCAACCGCAAAUUCAUCCUUCUGAACGCCAACGAAGAACGCCUCGAUCCGGUGCUGCCACGCGCCGACUCAGCAGCCACCGCCCGCCUUACCGAGCGUGUUCGCCACAAGAAGGUCUGCAACAAUUACCACUUGAACGGCAAGUGUGAAGCUGGAAAGUACUGCGACUAUGAUCAUGGUGAGCGUCUGAAUCCUGGUGAGCAGUUGGUACUUAAGCAACGUGCUCGUACGAGAAGUUGUCCAGACCGUGGCGAUUGUAGGGACUUUGACUGCACGAAUGGUCAUGUCUGUCCGUACGGCAAGGAUUGUUAUAAUGACAACUGUUGGUUCCAGGAUGUACACAACGUUGACACGAAAGUUAUGUCGAGAAUAUUCGAGGAUGGAGAACAGGAGUGGAGUCUGAAG